AACGUCACAUCCAGUUAAAAGAACGGCGGGCGGUAUGCCUGUCUACAGCUUAUUAUCUGUUCGUCUCUCUUUAAUAAUUUCUACAUUUGAGUCUUUGACCAGAUAAAAUGGUAACGGUAGGCGACUCGAAGGAACGUUGAAGUGAUUCUACGCCUCGGAACUGAACAUUUAUGUGUCCUACAUAUUUCUGGACAGCAGGACUGAGCUCCACCGGUGCCUCCUUUCAUCAUGUCCCAGACCAACAUUUCUCUCCUGGAUGAGGUGGUGCAGUGGAGUCAGGAAACCUGCCGCCAGGAGCUCAGGUCUGUCCUGCCAAAACUCACCUCUUUGCAUCAUAAGUCUGACAGCUGGGAUGAUCAUAUACGUAUACUGAAGAUAAUUACAGACAUGUUCCUCCCUCACAUUGGACUGUCAGAGCUGGAGGAUGAGUGUUUCUCCCAGAUCUUACCUAAGGCAGUGACGGUGUUUCACAGCAUGAUGAAAGAAGUCAUGGACCAAGCUGGCGGACUCUCAAGUCAGAACACUGAACUGUGUGGCUUACUACGGAACAUUUUACAGGGACUGGUGCAGAUAAUUGAUGCGCUGUCUACUUGUGUGCGUCACGUUGGCUCGUUUGAGGAAGCUCCUGACUUGGAUGCUAUCCGCUCGCUACCAACUUGUAUCCUGAAAGUCCUGAGGGAAACAUUUCAGCACUGCAAGGACAGUGAGGAGGUUUACUGCAGUCGUCUGUCCCUGGUGGCCGACCUGCUGCAGGGACUAUUCAAGGAAGCAUAUUCCCUCCAGAAGAGUUUCUUGGAGCUGCUGGAUCGGAUCUCCCUGGAAAGCAGCGCUUCAGAGGAGGAGGUCUCUGACAUUGUUACAGUGAUUCACAGUCUCCUGGAUAUCUGCUCUCUUAUCUCCAACCUGGACAUAGCACUGCAUGCUAACACAUGGAAGUUCCUCAUCAGACAGAGUAUAAAGUACCACUCAUUGGUCGAGGAGCAUCUACAUCACCAUGACAUCAGCAGCAGCCUGAGUGACAACCUGCUGGCCUCCUUCCACAACUGUGUGGAGCUGGCUGAACAGAUUAAACAUAUUGGUUUACAGGAGGCCAAACAAAGCCCAGAAUACAAGCUGUUCCAGAAAUCUGCAAAGAUGUGCAGAUUUUUUGCCAACACUUUGGUUCAUUACAUAAAGGAAUUCAAGUUUUUUCUGACAAAAUGUUGCAGCAGUUUUCACCAACUUUAUCUCCAGAUCAUCAGUAAGUUCCCUCCCAGUUUGUGUGCUCCAGAACUGCCCACGGCUCUGUCUGAGGAGCUGAAAGCAGCAGCUCUGGUUCCCAUGGAUGCUUUCCUCCUCCAGCUGCUGUCUCUGAGGCCGUUUGCUGAAGUUGCCCUCCGGCAGGAUCUAUGGUUACGUCCUGAACAAGAGCUUCCUCAGUGUCUCCUGCUGGUGAGCAUCAUGGGACAACUUUCCUGCCAACCAGAGGAGGUGAUGCAGCUUUGGUUCACUGGCAGUCAGUUCUCAGAGGAGACACCCAGACUUCCUCUCUACCAGGCCGUCUUCACUAGUUUCCGACGAUGCCAUGCUGAGCGUAAUGUACCAGUGCUGUUGCCAGGGGUGAUGUUGAAGGGUCAGGCCCAGGCCCAGGUCACUCUGCACCAACACUUCUGUGUGCAGCUCUGUGCCAGUGUGGCUGUGCUUCCUCCUGAGCACUUUCCUGUGCUGGAGCGUUGCUUGGUUGAUGCCGUACUGCAGGCUGACACUCAAACGGCUCUGCUGGCCACAGAUGUGUGGUGUUUUACAGCACGGUAUGGGACAGCUGAACUUUGCCUACAUCAUGUCCUCCUUAUUGCUCAACUGGUGAAAGUGUGCACCGCUGAGCGCUACCAGUCCUUCCACCUGGGCUUGCUGCUGAAACGCAUGGUUUCCUUUAUGACGCCGAACCACCAGAUGGAGCUGAUCGCACAAUUCCCGCCGUCUGAGUUGGAAAACCUUCGAGUGUGGCACCACAUCCUCCUCAGAGCUCUUUCACAGGACGCCCGACAUCGUGUACAAACAGAAAUUCUCGACUUAACUCAGAAAGUUCUGACCGACUGGCAGAAUGGAGGAUACAAACUGGGACAGGUGGACAAAGUGAAUGUGGUGCUGUUAUCCCUCCUAGUGGUGGUUCGAGAGCAGGCGUCUGUUGAAGAAGAGUGCAUGUUGUCUGCGGUGAAGAUCGUCACACAGCUGUGGUCACGAAUGAGUCCAGACCAGAUACAGACACACCCUGUGCUCCAGUUUACUCUGCAGCUACUCUUGUCAUUAUCAGCCGUUUUAGUAAAAAACGUCAAACCUCAAGUCAUCUGUCAGGCUCUGCUGUGUCUGGACGCCGUUGUUGCUCAGAAGUGUGCAGAUCAGCUUCUGCUGGCUGCUCUGGAGUUCCUCUCCUCCCUGGGGAAGGUCUUUGUCCCUCCUGACAGCCAGAGUCAAAUCCUUCCAAAGCUGAGUGGCCUGUUUGGAGUUCUUUUGGCCGACAGAUACUGGCUGCUACAUCAGCACGCCCUGGAGGCCUUUUCUUACUUUGCAGAGAACACAAAUCACGAAGAGGUAAUUCCCCAGAGUUUGUUUGGAGAAGAAAUCAAGACUGAAGUGGUGAAUUAUCUUAGCAAGACCGUGAAUGCAAAAGAAGAUGUGGACUCACGGCUACAGAGACUCAAACAGGAGACGCUCGUGAUUCAGCAACACAACGAGACGCUGGAGAAUAACAAAGAAAUGUUUCCAACAAACCGACCGCUGACACUGUUGAAGUCACAGAGGUUAGUAGCAUUUAUAAAGUUAACUUUAAAUGUAUUUUUUUGAAUAUACAUGCUCAUGGACAGCCUUGCCUCAUAUUUAUACUGUCCAAAUCAGUGGUAGCCAGUAUACUGUCUGUCUACCAAACACUUGAGCACUAGGAGGUAAUACAUGUUGCAUAAGGGGAGUCAGGGUGUCGAUUUAUCAGAAAUAUUUUCACCUUUGUUGACUCAAUAUACACCGAGUUUUAUAUUUAAUUUUACCUAUAAAUAGGUCAAUAAGAUUCAAUCUAGGGAUCGACUAAUGUUUUUUUAAGGGCUGAUAUCUAUGCCGAUUAUUGCAAAUCAGAAAGACAGUCU